AAUAUGCUGAGUAUAACAGUGAAUAUAAAAAAAAUAAUGGAUGAUACUUUUGUAUUGACGCAUUUCGAAAUCGUUGCCUAUAAGAGAUACAAUGUAAAAACGAAUCAAAAGAUCAUUGAAUCAAAUGUAGAGAUUUGUUGUUGAACUGGAAUUGAAUAAAAAAGUAUACUAGGUGUUGUAAAUAGUAACAUAUUAACAAAUACGUCACAGUGACAAAAUAAAAUAAAAAUGGGAAUAGACUAUUACGGAAUUCUGCAAAUAAAAAGGAACAGCUCUGAUUUGGAUAUAAAAAAAGCAUAUCGUAAUUUGGCAUUAGGCUUUCAUCCCGAUCGGUUGGAAGAUCCGUGCACGUUACAAGUAUUUAAGCUUAUUUGUGAAGCUUACGAUGUGCUGGGUAAUGCAAUGCAUAGGGCGGUGUUUGACCAGUACGGGGAGGAGGGCUUGAAACGUGGUGUUCCAUCGCCGGACGGGUACAUUCAACCAUAUCAUUAUCACGGCGACGGAAUGAGAACAUAUAAGGAUUUCUUCGGAACAUCUUCGCCUUUCGCAGAUCUCCUUGAAUACUAUAUAAAUCCGAAACCCAUGUACGAUUUACCUGAGGGAAGAGGAUUUAAAAAGAAGCAACCGGCCAUUCGUCACACGCUCUGCUUAACUUUGCACGAGAUAUUCUUUGGGGGUGUUAAAAAGAUGAAAAUACAAAGGUUGGAAUACAUCGGACCAGAGCAAGGGAAGACCGAAGUCAAGGAGAAAAUAUUAAGUAUUCCAAUUAAACCGGGCGUUCCUCCGGGGACGGAAAUUAUUAUGCCCGAAGAAGGGGAUCAAAAUCCGACACAAACUCCAGCUGAUAUCAUAUUUGUGGUAGAAGACAGACCUCAUGAACAUUUCAUUAGAGAAGGCAAUAAUUUGAUAACUCAAGCCGAAAUAUCGUUGGAGGAGUCAUUGUUAGGAACUACCAUAACAAUAAAUUCCAUUGACCAUAGAACUAUACGAAUACCGAUAACGGACAUCGUGUGUCCGAACUAUGAGAAGCUAGUUCCUGGCGAGGGUAUGCCAAUCGUCGAUCAAUAUAGCGAAAAGGGAGAUUUGAUUAUUAGAUUCAACGUGAUCUAUCCGAAAUAUUUACCGAAAGCUAGCAAGGAGAUGAUGGAGAAGGCAUUUUACAUGGCAAAAAUUGGCGGUGGUCACAAUCAGCCAGAGAUGAUUAACAAGAUGAUAUUGGCAGAUAAAAUUUUAAGAGUCGAUCCUGACGAACAGCUACCUCCAUUCUGAAGUUAUCU